AUCGAAUUUCACUUUUAUACAUUUGACAUUUUGGGCUAAUGCUGACACUUCAAGUAGAAAGCUAAUAAAUAAAAAAUAAAACUCCAUAUUUAUUACAAAAACGCAACAAACAAACAAAUGGAAUAAAUCAAAAUAAAUCACGAAAACAAAGCGAAAAAGUGAUAUUUCAUCAGUGAAGUUAGGACAGAAAUCGGCAAGUGAGCGCAGCGUGUAUACGAAAUUACAUGAUAAUAGCACAAAUAAAAUCAAGGACGCUGAAUAAUGGAUAGAUUAACAACAAUUAGUGCAUCAUUUUUUAUGGCAGCUGAUGUAUUUGCAAUUAUCAGCCUAGCAACUCCAGACUGGAUAGUUACAGAUGUUGGAGGUGAAACACGACUGGGCCUGAUGUGGACUUGUAUGACCUUAUACAAUCGACCUCAAACUUGCUUCACACCUGAACUACAACCAGAAUGGCUAUUGGCACUGAUAUGCAUUUUCGUUGGAUGCAUUUGUAUAACAACCGCCAUCAUUUUACUGGCCUCAAGUAACUGGGACCGAGAUGUGAUUCCAUAUGCGCGAUGGGUUGGAUUUACAGCGAUGGUGCUCUUCUGCCUGGCUGCAGUCAUAUUUCCACUUGGUUUCCACAUUGAUGAGAUUGGUGGCCAACCAUACCAACUGCCGAACUCACAUCAAGUUGGUUUCAGCUACAUCAUGUUUGUACUCGCACUUUGGAUCACUGUGAUAUCUGAGCUAUUUGCUGGAAAAGUAUGCCUGCCCCAUUUCUGAUUGAUUGCUCCCUAAGAUAUUAUCGAAUAUCUGCACAAUUUCAUCAUUUGUUGAAAAUGAUUUCACUCCAUUGGUUCAAUAAUAAGUUUCUCAAGAUGGUUCCGCCUUGCGUUUAACAUAAUAACCAAGAAAUCAAGUCGGAUCAGACGGAGAAACAUAAAGACUAGGAAAUAAAUUAAAGAAAAUUUAGAUAGUCGGAUCAAUCAGUGACUAUCAAUCAUUUUGGCCCACGUUCCAAAAUAUUCCGUUUGUACGGUUAUCCGUACUAUUUAGCCAAAGCUACAUCUUGAUAGAAUGUUUUUAGAAUUAUUUAACUGUUUUAAGAUGAUUUAUUCUCACAUGGGAUUUGUAAAUAGCAAUAAAAAGGAUUAUCCCAA